CUGCAGACAGACGGAUCAAAGAGCGGUGUCAAACACAUAGGAAUGCGUUCAAUGGGAUCAAGGUGAAAGCGACAAGGUCUGACGCGGCUAGAAAAGGUAAGUCUCUGUCGGUAUUGUGAAGGAGUUCGAGGACGCGCGAUCGUCAGCUCCUUCCUUAUGCGCGCCCGCUCAGGCAUCCCUCCACGCUUCCUCUCACGCCGGCGACUCGCAUGUGGGGUGAGAUGCAUAUAUCCACCUGCCUACCCAAAUGAUCCCUCGGGCCUGCGCUUGUGUCUCCUCUAGUCUCGUACCUCUCCUACUAACUCCCUACCCUCUUCUGAUUUCUUCUCUUGUCCCUCUUUUGCAGCACAACAUUCUUCUUGGUUAGCCAGCCGGCAUGGCGUCCUGGGAGACUUACGACACUUCUCGUCCACGUUACGACGACUCUUACGGCAAGACACGACGCUCACGAAACGACUCAACUCUCGACCCCACAUACCAUGACUAUACGCAACCAUCCCUAUACCCUACCAUACCCACGAGAACCCGCAGUCGCGCACCCAGGAGUCGAGAUCACAGUCGAGCACCACGCCGAUGGCCGCCCCCACCGAGCGUCGAGGACGAGAAAGAGUCCCUGAGAAAGGAAUACAAUCCACAAGUCACAGACUAUGAUCGCAUUCCGUCAAGAGGCACUAUUGAACAAGAACCAUUGCUCAUUGAUGUGCCUGGCCACACUCCGGAUCGUCGCUAUGUCUGGGUUCCCUCUGCAAAGAAGUCUCCUGAAACACACUCCACGCCUCCUUCUAGUGAUGAUGAGCGAGCUAGACGCCGUGAAAGGCGCAAAGGUCCUCGAAUAGAAACAGCUGGCCUUCCUGAGAUGCGAAGAGAAGCCUCGCCGUAUGCCUGGAGCAAACCGACCCCUUCUUCCCAAACACAAAGGACUUCAGAAGGCCUAUACCUUUCUCCAGACACCAUCACCCCACCUGCUGUACCUAAGUCUACAACGUUUGACCGCCCACCGCCAACCAGCGCCUCUGGUCCACAGCAAUUCCCAACUAGAGGCAACUCUCCACCCCGUUCCACUUCAAAGCACGUGUACGAAGGACGUAGCACCGCCGAGUCACACCGAAGUGCAGACGAUCAUAUUCCCCAGAGAUCGUCAACCCGCUACUCUUGGUCCAAGCCAGAUCAGUCUCACUCGUCUCCUCCCACCCCGUUCAACCCUCCUGUGCGCGAUCCUUUGAGAAGGCAGUCAGGUCCUGUCGAAGGCUAUCCAAACCCAAACGACUAUUUGAAUAGGCCUGCACCCCCACCACAGGUCGUCAAUCUGCAGCAAUCUGAGAGACCAACAUACUAUCCUCGUCACGCUAGUGAAGGAAGCUACAACCCUCAGGACACUUCCUCGCCGCCACGCAACUCGAGUUCAGAUAAAGUGAAAGACACUUAUCCGCCCAGCAUCCCAAACUCAAGGCCUACAUCAAGAGGUGGUUCUACACAAUCAUCGCCUCAAUCUUCACCUCGGAUUGUGCAUCCUCCUGAGUAUCCUUGGAACAUGGGUUCAGCAGCUUCUACAACAGCGCGACGCGCUCAACCACCAUCUCGUCUUGCCGAGUCGACUUUGCCUAGAUCGCCACGUCCUCAGGCAUCGCGCUCUGUAUCUAGUCCAUACUCGCCGCUUCCCUAUCCGGACGACGACCGCCCAUUCGAGACCAUGCCCUCAGAAAGAGAUCACCAAUACUUUCCAGAACAGCCUAGCGGUCUGUUGCCGCCACCACUCAGCGAACCAGUGACGCGUGUCAAUACUCCGAAACAGCCAACACAAACUAGCCAUGUGCGGCCCACCGAUGAGAAAGCUGCGACACCUGGCACUUCAAGACGAGAUAGACCGAAAUCAGCUGACAUGUCGUCGACCACGAAGAAUACUCGAGGGGAGCAACUACCACCAUGCAAGCGAGUCAAGUACAUGGUCAAAUACGAUGAUUGGCUCAGCCUCGAAGGUUGCCCUGAUUUCAAUGUUUGUCCACGCUGCUUCAAGCAUGUGAUCGACAAAACACAGUUUGGGUCUGCUUUCAGACCAUUGCAGGCCAAUUCGCCGAGGAUGCCCAGAAGAUGCGAGUUCAGUAGCCCCUGGAUCCGGCUCGCUUGGGUGUUAACCACGAACAAUCGACAAAGUACACUGAACAUGAUGAAGGCGGUAUUCAAGGCUGAUGAGACUGAAGAGCCAUGCCCAGGGAUUGAAAGAGGUUGGUGCAACUGGUAUUCGAUUCGUGACAGAGAUGGACAUUUCCUCCGAAACUUCAUCGUUUGUCCAUCAGACGUCCAAAGGGUGGAACUACUGUUCCCUGGAUUCAGAGGACUGCUCGUGCCACUUCCCACUCGAUUCUCUUACGAAGACGACGACGACAUCCUGGGUCGGUUCUGCUCUCUUCGACCAGAAAACAACAACCGGUUUGCAGCCUACAUUGAUUGCUUGUUCCAGCUUCAUGAAGAUGCGGUGUCUGCCAAACGGUUACCCAUCAUGUCCGACUUUGUUACACUUGUCAGACAUAGAACUCGGCAACCGGAAUGCAUACGAGAUGACAAACUCGAAGGAGUUGACUGGUAUUUCGUCCCGUCCCUCGCACCGGCCAUGACGGUGUGUGAUGAGUGUUACAAUGACGUGGUGUUGCCAUGUUUGAGGGCAAACUCGGAUGUGGCUAUGAGGUUCAACCGAACAAAACAGCCGAUACGCAAUGAGGCCAGAGGAGGAUUAUCCUGCCAGCUUUACUCACGAAGAAUGAGGGAUGUGUUCCGAUAUGCCGUCGAGACGAAUGACAUGAGGUACCUGGCAAGGAAAGCAAAAGACAGAAAGGAAGUUGAGGAUGAUUUCCAGCGAAGAUGUGCAGACUUGAAGAUGGAGGCAGCACAGCUAAAAGGUCGCAGCGGGUAUGCGAUCAGCUCCAGAGCAGAGCAAGAGUUGGCGAAACUUCAACGAGAGAUUGAAGCAAUUGGCGAAACUUGGGAAGCGGAAUGGGAGUAGAUGGUAGUUGAAAAGCCGAGUAUACCUACUUUAGGUAUUGCAUUCGCAUGACGCCGGGCUCACAGGACGGUCAGAUAACCAAUUCUUGAUGGCCUAUGAAUUAUUCUUCUCUAUCUGUGAUUAAUUAAACAAACUGUGGGCACCCUUGGCACCUCCGGAUCGUGACCCCGGAUUUGGACCCC